UGACCGAGCGGUGCGUGACGUAGGAGGAAGAAGCCGCCAUUAGGGGCAGCGGAGCCGCGGCCGCCGGGCAGGUUCGGCUGCCGGGUCUAUCUCCAGCCUCUGUGCCCGCGGCCUCGCCGGUGCCUCCCCAUCCCCGCCGGCCCCUCUCCCUCGCGGGGCCUCGUCCCGGCGGGCGGCGGCGGCGCCGCGGUGGGGCUCGUUGAUGUGAGGCGCGGCUCGGCGGCGGGGCGCGGAUGGCGGCGGGGGCCGGCGCGGCGGCCGGGGGCCGCAGCUUCUCCUUUAAGGUGGUGCUGCUCGGGGAAGGCUGCGUGGGGAAGACCUCGCUGGUGCUGCGCUACUGCGAAAACAAGUUCAACGAUAAGCACAUCACCACGCUGCAGGCAUCUUUUCUUACGAAGAAACUAAAUAUUGGUGGAAAAAGAGUAAACCUUGCAAUAUGGGAUACAGCUGGUCAAGAAAGAUUUCAUGCAUUGGGGCCUAUCUACUACAGGGACUCUAAUGGCGCUAUUCUAGUAUAUGAUAUAACAGAUGAAGACUCUUUUCAAAAGGUAAAAAACUGGGUUAAGGAAUUAAGAAAAAUGUUGGGAAAUGAAAUCUGUUUAUGUAUAGUAGGUAACAAAAUAGACUUGGAAAAAGAGAGACAUGUUUCAGUGCAAGAAGCAGAAAUGUAUGCUGAAUCUGUUGGAGCAAAACAUUAUCAUACAUCAGCUAAACAGAACAAAGGAAUUGAAGAACUGUUUCUUGACCUUUGCAAAAGAAUGAUAGAAACUGCUCAAGUGGAUGAAAGAGCAAGAGGCAAUGGCUCCAGUCAGUCAGGAAUAGCAAGGCGAGGUGUACAGAUCAUUGAUGAUGAGCCACAAGUACAGAGCAGUGGAGGGUGCUGUUCUUCUGGAUAAUUAUAAAACUGUGCAUCACUGCCCUCUCAAUAUGAAGACUGCCAUAUUCCAAGUCACACAUUCUUUACCAAUGGAGUAAUAGAAUUAACAGUAUUUAAAAAUAAUCACAUGUAACACUGCAGAGACCUUAAGUGCUAAACUAGUGGCGUCUGUGACCAGAGAAUUGGCGUUUUCUACAGUGGUUAACAAAGCAAUUACCAAUGGCCUUUUUACAUAUUUUUCUUUAAUGAGAAAUAAUAUGCAUGUAGAAAAGACCUACUUAAAGGCUUCAUUUAUAUUCUUUUAAAUCAGAUCAUUAUUUAAUAACUUAUAUACAUUGUUGUUGGAAUGAUAUACGUUUUUGCAGCUCUUUGUACUUUGUGGUAGAUGGAAUUGUAUCACUUCUAAAAUGCAAAUUGAUUUUUUUUAAAUUAGCAGAUAUCUGAAUUAAUAUUUUUGCAGGGCCUCCACAAGCCUAUAACUCAACUACUUUGAUAUAUUCUGUUCAUCUGUAUGCCAAGCUGAUAAAAUACAUUGUAAAUUACAUAUUAAAUAUUUUAUCUGCUUUUACAGUUGCAGGUGCAGAAAUAUGUACAUCAGUCUUGUCUGUGAUUGUGAAGUGAAUAAGUCAGUGAAAGAUGCAAGCUUUUCAUGUUCAUUGUUAAAUUGCUCAUUUUAUUCCCCUACCUGAAAACAACUUUGUUUUGGGUACAUUCAUAGCUACAGCAAUUCUUUAAUCCAUUUCUGGCAAGCAGCAGUAUUUAGAGUAUCCCCUUACUGGAAGAGAAUGCUUCUGUAAACUGCUGUUUAACAUUGAGGUGUUUGACUUGCAGCUAAAACAGUUGGUGCAUGCACAUAUCUUGCUUCUGCAGUUACUUUGUUCUCUCAGAAGAUCCCCAGAAAGUCAAAGCAACUUCAGCCCUCAUCUAUCUGGUAGCCAGUAAACCAGAUGCAUGGGAAACUCUUCAGCUGCUCUAAUACAUUUGUUUCCAAAGACAGCAUUGUAAACUAUUCAUGAGCAUAUUUUUUUCCCUGUAGGGCUUGAGUGAACAAUUGAUUGGCAUUAACUAGAACUUAUAAUUAUGAGUGAUUAAAUUGAAGAUGUGAAACUUGCCAGAUGUAGCUGUAACUAAGGGGAUUCUAGGCAGAAUUGAACUUACUCCCAACCUGCUCUUUCUCCUGUAAAGUGUCUUGAAAAAGCCCAUUUAAGUUUCAGGAGGAGGGUUUUCAGGAAAAAAAAAGUGUAAACUACUAUCACAAAAGAACACAAGUGGUCGUAGCUGAAACUUCAAAAUGUUUUGUGCUCUGACUUUUUUUUACUUAAGUUGUCAUGCUUGGAAAAACAGUAAAGGUGAUGUCUAUGACAAAGUAGAAUAUCCUUGGCCUUCCUUUUUCUGAAAGGUAGAUUUAGUAUUGCAUAUGAAUGCACUGAAUGGUGUGGGUAUGUUCUGAUACACAAAAAAAGUAAUAGUAAUGAAUUAGUCUGUGCAAGAAGUGUGCUGUCUUCAACCUGAUUUUUAUUUUCUCUGGAAUAAUAGAGGGCUUUGAUACAGACUGAUCCUGGUGCAUUUUCUCCUUUUCUGCCUUAACUGUGGAGUAGAUACUUUUUCUUAGACUACCAUUUCUGUACUCUUCUGAUGUGUUUGUGUGCAUGCUGGAGAAAGGUGGUCUGUUCGUGCUAGUGAAGAUAAAGUUUCUUGGCUGUGCAGAGCUUUGGUGUGAACCUAAAAUCUGUGAUUAUAUGUGUCAACAUGUAGCAACACUGUUACCUUUCACAAUCUAACAACAGUGAGCUCUGACAAAGUUGAAAACCAGAUUGGUUUGAUCUAACACUGGUAUCUGACAAUCAGCCUUGUAAGUGAUACAGUAUAUGAAGAGUGAAAUUGUCAAGUCUUGAUGUUCAAGAAUGGAAUUGUCUCAGAAUAGAAGUUUCAGAUUUUUUGAUUCAGAUUCAAUUUUUUCCAUCUCUGCAAAUAAAACCCCGAACAGCCCAACUUCAACUAGACUAAGUUGAAGCAGUGUGUAGAAUAUAUUGUUCUGCCUGCAGCUAAAGAGUUUUUAGUGUAUUGUGUGGUAGAGGCAUCCCAUGUGACUUCUAUCAAUUACAAAACUAAGGAAGGCAUGUUGAUACUAGCUCUUAAGUCUCUUACAGAAUUAAAACUAUUACUGCUGAAAACUUAGGUGGGGAUAAAGAAGUCUACAAUUUUGUAAUACUAAAAAGGUUCUGGUUGCUAUUAGUGAAAUAUUUUUAAAAUAAAUUCUCAAGUUACUUUUCUUAAGCUACAACAUAAAUAUUCACUGGAAAACUUCCUGUCUAAGCUCUUGUUUGGUUGGAUUUGAUUUAUGAAACUUAAAACCUGUUUGCAGGGUAUCAUUAUAUAACUGGAUGAAAGUAUAGCUUUGUGAAGUCAGGGAAGCUGGUUGAAGACUAGACAGAAGUGAAAACAUGAAUUGUUUAGACUGAUUUACAUAAGACUUCAGCUAUUCAUAGUUAGCAGACAAAAUACAACAGUUCCAGGAAAAAGCAUCUUUGUCAAAGAUACCAAGAAUGUUCUUUGUGCUUGAUAUACAGAAAAGCACAAAUAGCUUGGUUUUCUAUAUUUGAGCAGGAUCUUACUCAAGUAACCUGGUGUUACUAGUAUGUGACUUGCUUUUCAAGAGUCUUGAAUCUUAUAUUUGAUCUAGGUUGCCUAGUUUGUACGUCUGAAGGAGAACUGUUUUCUUGUUGCUGAUUUCUGUGGCUGUAAACAAGUAAGCUAUUUUUCAUUCUUCUGAGAAAUGAAAGAGAACAAGGCUGUCUGUCUUUAGGAAGUACCUCUGUUGUGGGGCAGAUAGCCAGACGCCCACUAUAGCAUGUAUAAAUCAACACUGAGCACACUUCCUCAGGGUAUAGCUUGACAGAUUACUCACAUACAUACUAAAAUAAAAUGGUAUAACUUUGUACAAUACCUUACUAAAACAACUUUUAAGUGCUUGCUCACAGUCUUGAUGCUGCUACUAUGAAUACAUGAGCUGCCUAUGAAACUUUAUCACUUGCUGAAAUAAAAUCCAACAAGCCAAAGUCCAACAGCUUUAAUGCAGCAGUAUGUCUCUCUGCUGGGUGUUAUUUAUGGACACUGUAUACUGCACUUAAACUUUAUCCCAUCUUUUAUAGCUUGUGAAGUAAACUGAUUCAGACAAGGACAUGCAAAUUCAGAUGUGUCAUAUUUGGAGAUGACUGAAACUAGCUGCAAAGACUGGGAGAGGAUGGCUUCAUCUGGUUAGCAGUGAUCUUGCACAUGAUUCCAAAUUGAGGGUAUCCAAUAGCCAGAUUAACUGUAUAGGGUGGUCUUUUGAAGCAGUCAGGUAAUUGAGUGUUACCUUGAUUAUAUUACAUGCUUUUCUUCAGUGUUCAUGCAUUUUGUGGACAGGUAUUUUUGCAUUCUACCACAUAGAAAACUGCCUACAGUUCUUUAAGAACUUAGUGAUUAAAUUUCUACUUUAGUUUCCAAACUAGAUGAAAAAAGCUUUGCAAAAAGGUAUGAAUUAUGGGAAGUGGUUAGAUCUCAAAUGGCGUUCCCCAAAAAUGUUGGAUGCUGUCAGAAUGAAAAAUGUGAAAAUGCAGGUCAGGAAUUCUCCAUAAACUGAAAACAGUUAAGUGAUAUGAAUAGUAGAGUAUGGGAAUAAGAGUUGGAGCCAGCCACAUCCCAUUUUUCUGCUUUUAGUGGAAUGAAAAGGAGAAGUAAGGAAAAAAAAAAGGAAUGUUGGAAAAACUGAGGCUGCUGAGUGAGAUGCUGAGUUAACCUUUGAGUUGCUAGAGAGUCUCAGCAAUGGCAAUAUCUUAUACAGGACUUCUAAUAUCACUUCUUGGGUUGUUCCUACUUCUGUGAAAUACUGUUUUUCCUUCAUUAAAGAGAAUGCAACUAACUUUGAGCAGGCUUUCAGGCACAAUACUAACCUGCUUAAAACCUUUUAUUAGAAUAUGCUAAUUUAUUAACUGUUUAUAUUUCACUGAUUUUUGUUAAUCUUAGUCUGCAUCAAAUCCUAGGAGUUUUUCUUGAGAAGUCAGGAAGUACAUCAUGCUAUGAGGAUAACUUUUACUACAAUUGUGUCAAGGAAUUGCAGAUGAUGACCAAGAUCCUUAGCACCACUUGCUGUGCAAGCUCAACAAGGUCCCCAAACUAGCUCACUAGCUCUUAACAGUGCUGGGCACUCGCUUCUGCUGUUCUUUGGGGGAUGCUGCUAAACACCAGGAUUUUCCUUCCAUACAGGCAAGCCUGAACAUCUCCAUGAUGUAGCUGUCUAAUAAAUUUAGGCUUUUUCUGUCAAAUAACAAUGUAUACUCUUUGCUCCUG